AUGCCAACCUCUCGCCAAGCUGUUGCUGACCGUUAUGGUAAAAUCGCUGAUUACGAGAACAAUCGAUUAGCGACCCACCCAAUGGAGCGUGAGCUUACGUUGCGCGCUAUUCGACAAGCUCUAAAUACCUCCGAGACUGCUGAUACUAAGUGUAAACGUAUCGCAGAUAUAGGAGGUGGCCCGGGAAAGAUAGCCUUUGCCCUUGCCGACCAGGGCCAUCAUGUCGAUCUCAUCGAUCUCAGUCCCGACCUAAUCCGUCUUGCAGAACUCGAGCAGGAACAGCGCAGUGCAAGCGCGAAGAACCUAGCACUUCUCGCGAGCAUCAGUGUCGGUGACGCUUUGCAAGCAGUUCCUUUAACCAACGACUCAUAUGACGCCGUCCUUCUCCUCGGGCCUCUUUAUCAUCUCUUGGAGGAGACUGAGCGAAAGAAGGCGGUCGAGAACGCUCUCAGGCUCGCAAAGCCUCAGGGGGGACUCGUUUUUUGCGCGUUCGUCAGUAAAGAAGCUCACCUUAGGGACGUAGCAAUGCGCGAUCCUGCGAGGCUUGUCAAACAGAAAGACUUUUAUGCUGCCUAUCUUGCGGACGGCCGUUAUGAAAGGUUCAACGAGAACAAUGAGGCAGAAGUGCAAUCCUUCCAUACGGACAGUGGCAGCAUACGUGGAUUCUUUCAGCAUUACUUUACUGACGUAGCAGAGCUCAUCAGUCUUCGCUCUACAGAGGGCAUUCUUGGUGGUGGACUCGACGCCAAGCUCAUUGAUGCUGAUAGUGAGGUCGUACAGGAGUGGGCGGAUUUACUGUUUAAAGAGUACUCUGAGAAAGAAGAAUACCUUGGAUGUGCAGAUCAUUUACUUGCUGUCUUGCGCAAGAAGUAA